GUCAGCUACAGUGCUGGGAUCAGUGCGUGCGAGAAGGGCGAGCAGUGGCAGCGGGCGCUGUCGCUACUGAGCGAGAUGCGGGAAGCAAAGCUGGAGCCCGACUCAGCUACAGCGCUGGGAUCAGCGCGUGCGAGAAGGGCGGGCAGUGGCAGCGGGCGCUGGCGCUGCUGAGCGAGAUGUGGGAGGCGAAGCUGGAGCCCAAC